UGUCACUGAAGAAGAGAUAAAAUAGAAAAAAACAGUAAAUAAAUAAUUAAAAUGAUCUGUUGCAUGAAAAGUAAACAAACUUUUUCUUCAAGUGUUCUGUUGACAAAAUGUGCGUCCUCUGCUGCCUCUGUUUCUUCAUGUCAGAACGGUCAUCCAGUCAGAGAGAACAGUAUCGCUCUGCGUUACAUCACCGAUCCAACUCACAAUGCACUGGAUAAGGAAGACUUCACCAGCCAUGAGUACAUGAACCAGAGUUUAAGUGAAACCAGCUGUAGCAGCAAGCUGUCGGAGGUUUUGAAUCCCAACUACGAGGACCUGAGCCUGGGCUGGGGUGCCGCCUCGCACCCCUCCCUGUGGGAGGAUCCGAAGCCUUUCACCCGAGUUCCUGAGGGACCCGAAUACCUGAACACUGCCCAAAACUCGCUCCCCCUGACUAACAGCGACAGCCUCAACAACCCGGACUACCAGGCCGACUUCCCACCACAGGCAACGCCCCCCAUCACCAGCCCCACCACUUUAACUGGGAACGGUCUUUUCCUGCCGGCAGCAGAGAACCUCGAGUACCUGGGUCUGGGUGCUGCACUGCACACCCCUGUCCGCUAGGGGGCAGCAACACUCAGAGAGUUUAGACUGAUGCUGUGAGGUUUCUGUGGCUGCAGACAGUAUUUAAUUUAUCUGUUUUAAUUGUAAAAAUUUCCAGGAAAUCCUGACUGGAACCCGCACGCUGACCAGACAACAGUUACUGAGGAAGAGGAGAGCCAGACUUUAAGCAGGGAUUCAAACCAACCUCCUGCUCACAAAGUGGAUGUUUCUUCAACUUUUAAAUGGCUGCAUUCAUUUGUUUGACACUUGGAGUGGGAAUGUGAAAACCAAACAGCCACAAGCUGUUGAGACGGAAGUCUCUCAACAAAACUCACAUAAACUCUUCAGUGUCACCUGAACAGUGAUUUUAAUUGGUACAUCCCGGUCCCUCAGAUGGUAGUCUGACUCACCAGAUGUAGACUGUGGAUGGAAACCUGCCAGUGCCGUCUGCGUGUUACUGUUUCCAAAUCCCCUUCACUAUGGGAAGCAACAACCUUUGACAGCUUACACGUCGAAAAAGGCACAUUUUGAUGAAGGUUUGGAUCGUGUAAUAAGACACAUCUGCUUUGUUGUUUCAGUGAAUUAUUUUAAAGAUCUAUAACGAAUAAAACCACUUGUGAACGCA